AUGUGCGACAUCAUCAGUAAACUCUUCAACAACAGCACGACGAUCAAAGGAGGCGGCACCAACAGACCGGAAGUUGAACUUUGUUGGUGGGGUCCCGAGGACCCAAAGUAUAACUACUUAGUCUACGUUGGCGCGGUCAACAAGCUGUACCAGAUCUCCGGGGACCUGAACAUCGUGGGUGCGGUCACGACCGGGCCGCACAACGACUCGAACGAGUGCUCGAUCAUCGAGUGUCCGUCGGAUAUCGUGCGGCGGCCGACCGACAACUGGAACAAGGUCCUGCUGAUCGACCAGUCGGCGAACAAUCUGAUCGUGUGCGGGUCCCUGUUCCAGGGCAUCUGCCACAUCCGUUCGCUGCAGAACAUCAGCAUCGUCGAGCAGGAGGUCCAGGAGGCGGUCGUGGCCAACGUGGCCAAUGCCAGUACGGUGGCGUUCAUCGCUCCGGGACCUCCGGUGCCGCAGGAGAACAGCGUCCUCUACGUGGGGGUUACGUUUACGGGGAACUCGCCCUACCGGAGUGAAAUUCCGGCGGUUGCUUCGAGGAGUCUGGCGAGGGAUAAGCUGUUCCAGAUCGCGUCAUCGGCGGUGACGACUGGAACGCGCAUCUUUGUCAAUUCGUACGCCCGGGAAUCGUUCCUGAUCAAUUACGUGUACGGGUUCAGUUCCGAGCGGUUUUCGUACUUCCUGACGACGCAGUACAAGAGCUCGGCACACAACACACCAAAGGAGCUGGUCACGAAGCUCGUUCGGAUAUGUCAGGACGAUUCGAACUACUACUCGUACACCGAAAUUCCGGUGGACUGCAUUAGUGAGAGCACGAAGUUUAACAUCGUGAAUGCGGCUCACGUGGGGAAGCCUGGGCCCGAUUUGGCCGAAAACCUGGGCAUCACUACCGAGGACGAUGUUCUGUUUGCGGUAUUCUCGGAGAGUAACGACUCCAAGAAUGCCAACAAAUCGGCGCUGUGUGUGUACUCGCUCAAGGCCAUCCGGCGGAAGUUUAUGCAGAACAUCAAAUCCUGCUUCAACGGGGUGGGCCAACGGGGUCUGGAUUAUAUCUCGAUCAAUAUGCCGUGCGUGCCGACCAAGCUGCAAACCAUUAGUGAAGAUUUCUGCGGUCUCGAUGUGAAUUCCCCGCUCGGUGGGGAGCAAGCGAUCGCCUCGAUUCCUGUCCUGCUGUCGGAGCUGAAAAUGACCUCGGUAGCGGUGACAACAACCUCGAAUUUCACCGUCGUCUUCAUCGGCACCCUCAGCGGUCAGCUGAAGAAGGUCGUGGUGGAAUCGUCCAACUCAGCCCAACAGUACGCGCUCAUGAAUGUGGACGUUGGGUCCCGGAUCCAGCCGGACAUGUUUCUGGAUACUGUAAAAUAUGAUCUGUACUUGAUGUCAAAGCAUAAGCUGUUUAAGAUUAAGGUCUAUGAUUGUUCGGUGUAUACCACGUGUGUUGCAUGUCUAUCGGCGAAAGAUCCGUUCUGUGGAUGGUGUUCCCUAGAGAAUAAGUGUAGUCCGAAAAGUGAGUGUCAAGAUAAUUUUAAGGAUCCGUUGUCGUGGUUGAGUUACAAGUCGGGCAAGUGUACAACGAUAACCAGCGUCAGUCCGAGCCAGCUGCAGCGGACGACCGCCCGGACAUUGGAACUGGUGAUUGAGAAUUUGCCAAAUCUGAAGGAACCGCUAGUGUGUGCUUUUACUUUUGCCAAUAUGGAGAAGCCGAUCAUUACAAAUGCAACGAAGAAACGGAACGGAGUUAACUGUACAACGCCCAGGACCGAUCUGCUGCCCCAGAUUGGAUACGGAAAAAAUCACUUCAACGCGCAGCUCUCGAUCAAAACCUCCCAGGGUCCGGACAUCGUGUCGACCAAGUUCACCUUCUUCGACUGCAGCACCCACCUGUCCUGUACCCAGUGCGUGUCGUCCCAGUUCCCCUGUGACUGGUGCGUGGAAGCCCACCGCUGUACGCACGACACGGCCGAGAACUGCCGCAACGACAUCCUGGUCACCGGGAUCAGCCGGAUAGGGCCCAGCUAUCGGUCCGGACCUGGGUUCUGUCCGACGAUCAACGUAACCGGGGAUGGGCCAGAGCUUUUGGUCCCCGCCGGGUCGAAGAAAUCCGUCAAGGUCAAAGUGCAUAUCAUUGGUCAAUUCAUCGUGCAGACGCGCUUCGUAUGUCAAUUCAACGUUGAGGGGCGGGUGACGAGCGUCAACGCCCAGCUGCUGGGGGACACCAUCUACUGCGACACCAUGGAGUUCUCCUACACCGCCAAAACGCCAAAGCUGACGGCCACGUUCGCCGUUAUCUGGGGCGGCUCCAAGCCGCUCGACAAUCCUAAUAAUAUUCAUGUCGUAAUUUAUCGCUGUAGAGAUAUGUCUGAUAGUUGUGGUGUUUGCUUGGCAUUAGAGGAAAAGUAUAAGUGUGGUUGGUGUUCUUCGUCUAAUACGUGUGAGGUCGAGGAUCAGUGUGGCAUCAGCGGGAAGGUCGAGGGCCAGGAGAAGAAGGACUGGCUCAACAAUCAGCAAACGUGUCCGAAUCCGGAGAUUCAUUCGUUCGACCCGAAGACGGGUCCGUGGGAGGGUGGCACCAAUAUCACGAUCCGGGGUAUAAAUUUGGGCAAGAAGUUUGAGGACGUGUACGGGGGAAUCAAGAUUGCCGGCAUCGACUGUAUGCCGUUCCGGGAGCUGUACGUCCAGACGAAGGAGAUAGUGUGUAAGGUUGAUGGACCGGGUGUGAAGAGCCAUCGAUCGGGUAAAGUGGUGGUACAGAUUUCAGAUUUCCGAGGAGAAUCGACGUACGAUUUCGUGUUUGUCGAUCCGGAUAUCACCGAUUUUGGACCAAAGUUCGGACCGAUUUCCGGCGGGACUAUCAUCAAAAUUGUAGGCAAAGAUUUGAACACCGGUAGUCGAGUGAAGGCAUUCCUCGAUCAGCAUUCUUGUGAGAUUUUGAGUACCGACGAAAAUGAGGCCACUUGUCGAACGACAGCCGUUCCCAAUCAGAUGCAGGGCAAACUGAAGAUGAUAUUCGACAACGGAGUGCGCGAGUUCGGUGGAGACAACUUCGAGUACGUAGCCGAUCCGUCCAUCGAUUACGUAACGUCCGGGGACCCAGGACAGACACGAACGGCCAGAGGAAUCCCAGCCGGUGGCAUUCGAGUCUUUGUAGUCGGUGCGAAUUUCUUCUCGAUUCAGAAGCCUCGAAUCUACGUGUUCUACCGAGAUCGGAUGUUCCUGAACGAUUGUCAGUCGACCUCGAAUAAGGAGAUGCAGUGCAGCUCGCCAGUGAUCGACAUGGAGGAAGAGGACGGGUUGCAGGGAGACGAACCGCUGCAGCUGGAGUACGGCUUCAUCAUGGACGACGUCAAAUCGGUGAUGAAUCUUUCGAGCAAAUUGGGCAGCCGGUUCGAGCUUUACCCAAAUCCGGUGUACUAUCCGUUCGAGGACAAUUUGAGACAGUUCAAUAGCGAGUAUCUGACGAUCAAUGGGCGAAAUUUGGAUCGAGCCUGCAAAGAAAGUGAUGUGCUGGUCAAGAUUGGAGACCACGCUAUCUGCAACAUCACUUCGUUGUCACGACAACAGCUAACGUGUAGGCCACCUGCCGAUCAAGAUAUUAAAAAAGUUAACGUGAAGGUGAUCAUCGGAGGAUCGUUGACGUACGACAUUGGCUACAUGAGCUACACUUCGGCUAGCAUACUGCCCAGUAUCAACAACAAGGCAGUGACGAUGAUUGUGAUUGUAGGUUCGGUCAUCUUCUUCCUCGUUUUCAUUGCAUUGGUGAUUGCGUAUCGGAAGAAGACCAGCGAAAAUAAUCGGGUACUGAAGAACAUGCAGGAACAGAUGGACAUUCUGGAACUUCGGGUCGCUGCCGAAUGUAAGGAAGCCUUCGCUGAGCUGCAAACUGAAAUGACAGAUCUGGGCGGCGACAUUACUUCGGGUGGUAUCCCGUAUCUGGACUACAGGACGUACGCCAUGAAGAUUCUCUUCCCCAAUCAUGACGAUCAUGUAGUGCUCCAGUGGGAGAAACCCGAGCUACUGCGAAAAGAAAAGGGUCUCCGGCUAUUCGGUCAGUUGGUUAUGAACAAGACCUUCCUGCUGCUCUUCAUCAGGACUCUGGAAAGCAAUCGCUACUUCUCCAUGAGAGAACGCGUGAACGUGGCUUCUCUGAUAAUGGUAACCCUCCAAAGUAAACUCGAAUACUGUACGGACAUUCUGAAAACACUGCUGGCAGAGUUGAUCGAGAAAUGUAUCGACGGUAAGAGUCAUCCCAAGUUGCUGCUCCGGCGGACCGAGUCUGUCGCCGAAAAGAUGCUGUCUGCCUGGUUCACCUUCUUGCUCUACAAAUUCCUCAAAGAAUGCGCCGGAGAACCCCUCUACAUGCUUUUCCGAGCAGUCAAAGGUCAGAUAGACAAAGGUCCGGUAGACGCAAUCACUCACGAAGCACGAUACUCACUGAGCGAGGAGAAGCUGAUCCGACAAAUGAUCGAAUUCAAGGUGCUGACCGUGUACGCCAGUAUUACUCAGCCACCUAUUCUGUGCAAUAAUAUCGAAAUGAUUCCGACCAACACCGAGAACAUUCCAGUCAAGGUUCUAGACUGCGACAGCAUUGGCCAGGUGAAGGAGAAAUGUUUGGACACCAUAUAUAAGGCGAUCCCGUGGAGCCAGCGACCGCGCAAGGAAGACCUGGACCUCGAGUGGCGGACCGGCAGUUCCGGUCGCGUGAUCCUCUAUGACGAGGACUCUACCUCCAAGACUGACGGCGAGUGGAAGAAGCUCAACACCUUGCAUCACUACCGGGUCAAUGAUGGCGCCUGCCUCAGCCUGGUCCCGAAGGAAAGCUCCAUCUACAACAUCACACUGAUAGGGGAGAAGUACUCGGAGAAAAUCCACAAAUACGAAACACUAAACAUAUCGAAGUACGUGUCCCCGUCGCCGCCGUUCAGCCGGGCCGGCAGCCCCAUGAACGUGGACAUGCAGGAGAACAGUAUCAAGUACUGGCACCUGGUGAAGCACCACGACAGCGACGGCUCCAAGGAGGGCGAACGGGUCAACAAGAUGGUCUCGGAGAUCUACCUGACCCGGUUACUCGCCACCAAGGGCACGCUCCAGAAGUUCGUCGACGAUCUGUUCGAGACGAUCUUCAGCACCGCACAUCGAGGUUCCGCACUACCACUAGCAAUAAAGUACAUGUUCGACUUCCUGGACGACCAGGCUCUCUUGCACGGCAUCACCGAUCCGGAGGUGGUGCACACCUGGAAGAGCAACAGUUUACCGUUGCGAUUUUGGGUCAAUCUCAUUAAAAAUCCCAACUUUGUGUUUGACAUUCACAAGUCGAACAUCGUGGAUUCUUGCCUAUCGGUUGUGGCUCAAACCUUCAUGGACUCUUGUUCAACUUCUGAUCAUAGGCUAGGGAAAGACUCGCCUAGUUCUAAGCUUUUAUACGCUAAGGAUAUUCCGUCGUACCGCGAGUGGGUAGAGCGAUAUUACAGCGACAUCCGGGAGAUGCCGGCCAUUUCGGACCAGGACAUGAAUGCCAUGCUCGCCGAGGAGUCGAGGCUCCACACGACCGAGUUCAACACGAACUGCGCCCUCCACGAGCUGUACUCGUACGCGGUCAAGUACAACGAGCAGCUGACAGUGACCCUGGAGGAGGACGAAUUCUCCCAGAAGCAGCGGCUCGCGUACAAACUCGAACAGGUCCACAGUAUCAUGUCGGCCGAUUAGAUGUCUCUCCUCCCUCGUUAUCUCUCGGUGUCUAUAGGAGUGUGUUUAACCGCCAGUCAAUAAACAAGCAAAAAAAAAGAAAUGUGAGUCGCAUGUGUGUGGGAGACAAGAGAAUUAUCUAGGAAUCCAACAACAAAUGAAACAAAUCGGAAAGGCUGAAGGCUCCUCUUAGGCUAAGCUUAAAGUAAACAAA